AUGUUAUCAACUUUAACUUCAUCACCUGUUUUCUCUCUGCAGAGUCUGUUCAGGCAGCAGCAGAAGAUCCUGCAGCAGGCCCGGGUCGUUCAGAACCAGAAGCUGAAGACGGUCCGAGAGCUGUACGAGCAGUUUGUGAAGAACAUGGAGGACAUGGAGAAGAGCCACGACUCUUUCCUGCAGGGGGCGCAACAGGAGCUGAGGAAGGAGAUGGCCACACUGCAGAAGAAGAUCCUCAUGGACACACAACAGCAGGAGAUGGCCACGGUCCGUAAAUCGCUGCAGUCCAUGCUGUUCUAGCCUGCUGUUACCACGGCUACAGAGAGCUACCGAUGCAUCCUUGGUUGGAGUUGCCAUGGUAAUCCUAACCCUGUGUUUACUGAGUUUUCCAUAGCAACGAUGUUCUGCUACAGUUUGUGAUUGCAGCUCCUUUUUUUUUUUACUUGUUUUU